UUAUCAUUACUAAACCGAAAAGCAAAACCCUGCAAGGGUUUCUCUCUCUACUCCACCGCCGGCAUUUUCCCGCCACCUCUCUAUCAACGCAUCGCCACCGUUCAAAUUGUUGCGAUUCUUUCCCCUUUUUCCCUGACCAUCUGCCGAGCAGGAUUAAUUAGGUUUUCGUAGUUGCUGAGAGGAAUAAUCAUGGGGAGAAAAUCAGGGAAGUUCAAGAAGAAGGAAGAUGAUGGCCGCCCGAAGAAGAAAUCAAUUAGAUUUGAUUCUGAUAACGAAGACAUGAUGGACGACGAAAUUGAUGUUUUUCACAAGAAAAGGGAUGUUGUACCACUGAACAUAAACGAGGAUGCGGAAGAAUCCGACGAGGAUGCCGAGCAGCCUGUGCUUGAUUUUGAGGAGGAGGAGGAUGAGGAAGAUGAAGACGAUGAUGAUGAUAAGCCACCAAAGGGUCUGGCUGCAAAAAUCGCAAGAACACAAAAGUACUUGCGGGCUAAAUUUGGUGAUGUUGAGGAUGAAACUCUUGAUGAUGCUGAUGAAGAAGAAGAGGGGAAGGAUUUUUGGGGUAAAAAAAGUGACCUGUACGGCGCUGAUGUUGGCAAUGAGCCACAAUCAAGUGACAAUGAAGAUGCAGCUGAAGAGGAGGAUGCAGUUUUGAAACGGCAAAUGACCAUAGCAAAUAAUCUAUCAAUGGAGGAUUAUGGUGUUGAAGAUACUAGUGCAGACGAGACUGAUAGGGAGCCCACAUUUCAGGAAAUCUUGGACCAUGGAAAACCCCCAUCAAAACCUUCCGUCGACAAAGGAAUCAACGUUGAAGAAGGAAUGUCAUAUGAAAUAGUAAAGAAAGAUUUAAAUGCAUUGACAAAGCAAGAGCAAAUGGAUGUUGUGUACAGCUCUGCACCAGAAUUAAUUGGCCUUUUAUCAGAGCUGAAAGAUUCCCUUGACCAACUUGAGAACAAAGUGAACCCACUUGCAGAAAAGAUUAAAGGACAAGAGAGUGGAAAGAAGGGAACGAUGCACUAUAUUGAGGUCAAGCAGCUUCUAUUGCAAUCCUAUUGCCAGGCUAUAACCUUUUAUCUUCUUCUCAAGUCCGAGGGGCAGCCUGUUCGUGAUCAUCCAGUUGUUUCUCAUCUUGUAGAGAUCAAGAGUUUAUUGGAUAAGAUAAAAAACAUAGACGAUAACCUUUCUUUCGACAUGGAAGAAACUUUAAAGAAGGAAGUGAACAGUGCUGCAGCUGUUAAGUUGAUGGAUAAAGCUGUUCCAGUGGAAUCUAAUUCUAACAACGAGAUGUGUGCCAUCGUAUCAUCGGCAGAACAAGCAAAAGUAGAGCCCAACAAAGAAACUGGCUUGAAUACCUUAAUAAAAGCGAAGGGAUCACAAAACAAGCAUCAAGAUAAGCAAGUAGUUGGACAGCAGAGCAUGGAAAUGUUGAAAAUAAGAGCUUCCCUUGAGGAGAAACUGAAACAACAAGGUGUUUAUAGUUCCAUGGCACCAAAGGCUGUUAAGUCUAAUAAAAGUCAGCAACCAGUUAACAGGCAACUUGAGACAUUUGAUGAUUUUGUUGAUGAGGCCAUGGAAAUAGAUGCUGCGUCAAAUCACAAAACAGCUCUUCGCUCAAAUAAACGCAAGGUUAUUGCUGGUGAUGAUGAUAUACCAAAACGAGAUGAUAUUGGGGAAAGGCGAAGAAAGCACGAGCUAAGAGUUCUGGCAGGAGCUGGAAUUAGAUCCGGUGAAGAUGUUGAAGAUGAGACUGGUAGCCUCUCUAGUGAUGAAGCUGAUGAUGCGAAUGGAGAAAGCGAUGCUGAUUCUGAUUUAGAAUUCUACAAACAAGUGGAAAGCAAACAUGCUGCAAGGCUUGCUGAAAAAUCUGCCAAGUACUCCAGAGUUCCAGAAGUUCCAUCGCUGCCAGACAUUCUUGCUGAAGACGGAAAGCGCCAUAUCACUAAUCAAAUUGAAAAGAAUAGAGGUUUAACUCGCGCGCGGAAGAAACUGACUAAAAAUCCUAGGAAGAAGUACAAGUUGAAGCACAAAAAGGCAGAAGUGCGUAGAAAGGGGCAGGUCCGUGAAAUCAGAAAGCCAACCGGCAGCUAUGGAGGUGAAGCAUCGGGUAUUAACGCAGGGAUCAGCCGCAGUGUCAGAUUCAAGAACUAAUUCUGUCGUAUUUAUUGGAGUUAGGAAAGAUGUUUUAUUUAACACAUCUUCAUAGCUAAGCUACAUUAAGAUGGAAAAUUUACAGGCAUUGCUAGCAAUUUUGAAUUACUUUGAAAUCAUUUGUAGGGCUCUGAACAGUUCAAGUUUGGCCCAAUAGUUUUUCGUUGUAUCAGCCCUUUUAUGUAAUGAUGUUGAAUUGUUGAUACAAUUCAUGUUUAACUUUGAAUGCUAAACAAAACUUGAUUAGUUAA